AUGGCCAAGACAUGUGGAUCUCAAGAAGAGAUCCAACCCGUAAAUGAUCAUACUGAUUUUGGUUAUUGGUACAAUGAAAUGAACAGCGAUGAUCAAUUUGUACGUUACAUGACAGAAAUCUACAAGAAACAACACCUGAACAUUUACAUGAACAAACAACAAAAUACAACAAUGACUCAUCAUACGCGUUCCAAUACCCAAUCACCAUUAAAUCGACAACAAGUAACACGACAAUUACCACAGCUAAUGGAUCAUCCAAUUACAUUUGAUCAUAUUCAAGAAAUACAUCACCGUCAUCACCACCAUAACCAAAUAUCAAAAACAUCUACAAUUGAGCGUGUUACACGGUCCAGUCCAUCAUCAACAAACCACCAAGUCUCAUCAACCCCACGACGACCAUUAGAAGAGAGUGGAUCAGAAAAUCAAUACCAACGCCAAAUUAAGAAAUCAAGACCUCAUGAAAUUACACCAUCAGCUCCUCCACAACUAUCAACAACAGUUAAACCAUUUCACCUACCAACAGCACAUCUUAAAAGAGCAGUAGCGAAUAACUUACCGUGCUUUUAUAUAAAAUUUGAUAGUAAUAUAACUCAACGUAGUAUACCAUCAGCCAUGAGAGUGGCAAGAUGGAUUCGUCAAACAGUCCAACAGCAAUCAUCUGAAUCAAUAGGAGAUUUUUCUAUACUGAUACCUGUUGGCACGAAUCGAUAUAAAUUUGGAGUAACAUCAAAAAGUGAUUUCUUAUUACUUUGGAACUGUAAGUGGCCAAAUGAAAUGGACGACAUUGGCGUUGAAAUACAACGACCUCGCUCUCUACCUGAUUGUUGCGCAUUAGUAGUGCGCUACGCACCAGUUGUUGAUCUAUCUAAUGAAUUCGUUUUUCGAGAAAUUAGUAAAUCAAUCAGUUCAGUAAGUUCCUUCUCAAAAAUCAACUAUCAUCGACCCCGAUCAACAAAUGAUUAUAGAUUUUGUGUAGCCGAUGCAAAUGAAUAUGAAGAAAUCUUAAAGAUUGGCCGUAUAGCAAUCGGACAUCUACUGCUACCAAUAACUGCAUUUCUUCCUGGUCUAAAAUUGACUUACUGCGCAAACUGCUGGAUAACUGGUCAUACUAAACCUGAAUGUAAAAUGAACCCUCGAUGUCGUAAAUGCUUAGAUAAUUGGGAAUUUAAUCAUCGAUGCCAAAAGCCAAUGUUAUGUGCUCAAUGUGAAGGUCCACAUUUAUCAACAAGUAUCGAAUUUCCAGUGGUUUACAAUUAUCGCAUAACAUUAAAAGAUCAAGUUAAAAAAGCCAUUAAUGAUGGAUUAAUAAGUCAACCAAGCAUCAACCAAAAACGAGAAGCUAAUCGUUAUGUUGAAGAUGAAAGAUUUGAAAAAAAACAAAUAAAUGGAACUAAACAAGCAUGGGGACGCCAAUCAAAAUCAACAGAUAGGCCACAAAUUCAACAUGAAAAUGAAAAUGAUCGACUAGGUGAGUUAGUAUGCCGAACUAAAGAUGUUUUAGAUAUAAUACGUCGAAUGGAAUUGCAAAUGGAUAACCAAGUUGUAAAAGUUGAUAUCUUAGAAAAAAGAUCGGUAUGGAAUAAAGAAAGUUUGAUUGACCUAGCAAAGAUCAUUCAACAGCUCAUCAAUGCAACAUUAGAAAAGAAAAACAAACAACAACUACAAAGCUUAGUACAGCAACUAGAAGCAUUUAAAGAGAAUGUUAGUGAAAAGUUUAAUGCUAUCACAAAUGAUCAACAAAAACAAACACCAACAUCUCCGUCUUUUAGAACCCAACAGUAA